UGGAGAGUACCUGUCCCAGAGUCACCCUGAGAACCACAACGGCGCAGACCACCUGCUGGCUGACGCCUACUCUGGCCACGACGGGUCCCCCGAGAUGCAACCAGCCCCCCAGAACAAGCGCCGCCUCUCCCUGGUCUCCAACGGCCGUUACGAGGGCAGCCUCUCCGAAGAGGCCAUCAGCAGGAAGCCGGCCGGCGAGGGCCCCCAGCCCCGCGUGUACACCAUCUCUGGGGAGCCAGCCUUACUGCCUGGCCCCGAGGCUGAGACCAUCGAGCUGGCAGUGGUGAAGGGGCGGCGGCAGCGGGAGCGGCACCCUCACCAUCACAGCCAGCCCCUGCGUGCCAGCCCAGGAGGCAGCCGCGAGGACCUCAGCAGGCCCUGCCAGAGCUGGGCAGGCAGCCGCCAGGGUUCCAAAGAGUGUCCCGGAUGUGCCCAGCUGGCCCCCGGCCCCUCCCCUCGGGCCUUUGGGCUGGAUCAGGCACCCCUGCCCGAGGCCUCUGGGCCCCGAAAGAAGCUGGAGAGGAUGUACAGCGUGGAUCGAGUGUCUGACGACGUCCCCAUCCGCACCUGGUUCCCCAAGGAAAACCUUUUCAGCUUCCAGACAGCAACCACAACUAUGCAAGCUGCUGACUUGCGGCGGUUUCUCAGGGUGUUCAGGGGCUACGCGGAGAGGAAACGCCGGAAACGGGAGAAUGAUUCCGCGUCUGUAAUCCAGAGGAACUUCCGCAAACACCUGCGCAUGGUCGGCAGCCGGCGGGUGAAGGCCCAGAGCAGUGACCUACAGAGCUCACACUGCACGCUGGAGGAGGCCUGUGAGGACCUGGACUGGGACACUGAGAGGGGCCUGGAGGCUGUGGCCUGUGACACUGAAGGCUUCAUGCCACCCAAGGUCAUGCUCAUCUCCUCCAAGGUGCCCAAAGCGGAGUACAUCCCGACCAUCAUCCGCAGGGACGACCCCUCCAUCAUCCCCAUCCUCUACGACCAUGAACAUGCGACUUUCGAGGACAUUCUAGAGGAGAUCGAGAAGAAGCUGAGCGUGUACCACAAGGGCGCCCGCAUCUGGAAGAUGCUGAUCUUCUGCCAGGGAGGCCCUGGACACCUCUAUCUGCUUAAGAACAAGGUGGCCACCUUCGCCAAAGUCGAGAAGGAAGAGGACAUGAUCCACUUCUGGAAGCGGUUGAGUCGCUUGAUGAGCAAAGUGAACCCAGAGCCGAACGUCGUGCACAUCAUGGGCUGCUACGUUCUGGGGAACCCCAAUGGGGAGAAGCUGUUCCAGAACCUCAGGACCCUCAUGACUCCUUACAGGGUCACCUUUGAGUCCCCCCUGGAGCUGUCGGCCCAAGGGAAGCAGAUGAUCGAGACGUACUUUGACUUCCGGCUGUACCGCCUGUGGAAGAGCCGUCAGCACUCGAAGCUGCUGGACCUCGACGACGUCCUGUGAGGGGCAUGUGCCACCACCCGGCCACCGCCAGGCCACUUUCUCUGGGCUGCCUCAUGCCAUCCAGGACCCUGCAGUCUGGUCUUGCCCAGAGCCACUUCAGGGCACCCUCAGACGUUGCUCAGGUUCUCUCCCGUGGGGUCUGGUACUUGCUGCACCGACGGGCCAUAGAGCCACAGUCCCUGGGGGGCUCGGGAGGAGCCUCACCCCGAGGCCAGUGGACACUUGGCGGCCAGGCACUGACCCGUUCCCGCCUCUCCUGGAGGCUGCAGCAUCAAGAAUCCCUCCAUGGGGUUCAUAGAAAUAAGUGCAAUUUUCUACACCCCUGAAACGAUUCAAAGGGAAGCAGCAUUACUAGUUAACUAGUUAAGCAUUAUGCUACUAGUUACAGUGUAGACAGCCCAGCCCAGCGGCCUAUCGUGUGUUCAGGACCCUCUCUGACCCCCAACCCCCCAGCCCUGACGUAUUUGAUCACCAGCACCAGGGUGGCUCGUCUGUGGGGCUGGCGGCCCCGUCUACACUGGCUGAGUCUCUGACUGCUCUUGCUCCCUGCCACCUCCCUGCUUACUCUGACCUCAGCCCGUGCUGGCCCAGCGGGGGCCGCCUGGGCAGCCGGAGAGGAGGACACAGCCUUGCUGUCCUUUCAGAGGAGACUCUGGGUUGAAGCCCACCCCACCCCCUUCAAGCCCACCCAGCUCUCCUUGCUGCUGUUGAGUUCGGCUUUUGUGGGUCUCCAUCUGGAGGCCCCAGCACAGAAACAUGCUGGGCCCCGGAGGGCAAGAACCUCGCUGUGGCUACAGCGGGGGCCUGGACCCCACACCCCAGGCCUGAGAUCCAAGUAGCUGGGGCACUGUGGGGUCCCUGACUUGGCAGGGGCUCACGGCCUUGCCUGGGGCCCAGCAGGUGGGCUCUCCUGUACAUAGCUGGGUCUCGGGGGCAGGCCCCCCUUUUGCAGAGCCUGGGGCUGAGGGCACCUGGCUGUGUCCCUGUCCAAGAAAGGGGUUGGGUGGGGGCUGGGCUCUGAAUAAUGUACGAUAUCCCUUAGAGUGAACAUUAAACCUGACCCUCUGCUGCGGCUGCCA